AUGCCUCGAGCCACUAAGCAACAAGAGCGUCCUUUACCAAGUAAGUCUUUGGUCGUAGAUAACGGAGGCUAUACGAUCAAGGCCGGAUUUGUCGCAGACAACCCAACUGAGGAUGAUUGCCAUGUAAUCCCAAAUUGCAUAGCUCGUGAUCGAGGAAAGCGACUUUGGGUGGGUUCUCAACUUGAGAAGUGCAAUGACUUUGGUGAGAUCGCUUUUCGAAGGCCUGUCGAAAAAGGUUAUUUAGUCAAUUGGGAGGCUGAGAAGGCUAUCUGGGAUCAAACAUUUAUUGAAAAGAGCGGACGAUUGCAGUGUGAUCCGCAGGAAACGAAUCUCAUACUGACGGAGUCGCCAAAUACACCCGCUGCCCUGCAAGCAAAUACUGAUCAAAUUGUUUUUGAAGAGUACGAGUUUGCCUCUUACUAUCGCUGUAUUGGUCCAUCGCUAAAUGCAUACAAUGAUAUUGCCCAGCUCUUUGAGGAUGGCGUGCCUGGUGCAAUCAGAAGUCAUUCGCCUGCUGAAUGCGUCUUGGUGAUUGACUCUGGAUUCUCUCAUACUACUAUAGCCCCAAUCUUGCAUGGGAGACCAAUUCAGCAGGCUAUUCGUCGGCUUGAUAUCGGAGGCAAGUUUUUGACAAACUACCUCAAAGAGCUUGUCUCUAUCCGCCACUAUAACAUGUUAGAUGAAGUGCAUCUUAUGAAUGAAGUCAAGGAAUCUAUUUGUUUCGUUAGUCAAGACUACAAACGAGAUCUCCAGAGGACUUGGAAGGGCUCGUCUACUACGCAAAAGACAGUUAGGGAAGGUGAGCGAGACAUUGUUGUUGAUUAUGUUCUACCAGACUACAAUUCCCACAAGAAAGGAUAUGCGAGGCCUCACGAUCCCUCAUUGAACGCCAAACUAAGGAAGAUCGGUGCGAUGACUGGCCCCAGCGAGGUAGCUGAGGAUUUUAUGACGCUUGGUAAUGAAAGGUUUACUGUGCCUGAGUUGCUUUUCAAUCCGAUGGAUGUUGGCUCACGGCAGCCUGGCAUUGCUGAGACAGCUAUUCAAAGUCUCUCUGCCGUGCCUACUGGGCUGUGGCCGGUGUUGCUGGCAAACAUUCUGGUUGUAGGGGGCAACACAAAGAUCGAUGGCUUCAUGCCGCGAAUCGAAGCCGAAAUCAGGCAAUUGGCGCCUGCUGAGUGUGUUGUCCGUGUUGCGAAAGCUGAAGACCCCAUCAAGUCAACAUGGCUAGGGGGCGCUCGUGUCGCCGGGAACAGAGCAGCUCUCUCUUCGCUGCUGGUGACCCGGCAGCAAUACCAAGAGAACGGAAGCGCUUGGCUUGCAAAGGUCUUCUCGGGACCCAAUGCUCGAUGA